AUUUAAAUCCACAGAACAGGAAAACUGCUCUUGCGUCAGGAUCUGCGACUUGGACUGAACUCCAGCUGAAGUUUACGAGGUAGAGGAGCGCUUAAGGAGCAGUUACGCACCGAGACUUGGCUGAUGAGGAGGAAAACCCGCGAGAUGCGAGCGCUUCUUCUUCUGACCAUAUCCAUAGGCACCGUGCGCUCCUCCUCGCCGUGCGCGUAAGCUGCCUGUGGAGGACCGGCACAUUAUGAGACGCCAUGGCAUGUUGUGAGCGAGGGGUUCAGACUCUGGUCGCCAUCGUGGGGGCCUUCGCCGCGUUCAGCCUUAUGACCAUCGCCAUCGGCACCGACUACUGGCUCUACUCCCGCGCGUACAUUUGCAACGCCACCAAUGUCACCACGGAUGAGACCCAGAUGCAGACCAAGAAAGUGAAAGGCGACCUGACGCACUCUGGACUGUGGAGGAUUUGCUGCAUUGAAGGUAUCAAUAAAGGAAGCUGUUUCCGGAUCAAUCACUUCCCGGAGGAUAACGACUAUGACACAGACAGCUCUGAGUACAUCUUACGUAUAGUACGUGCAUCAAGCCUUUUCCCCAUCCUCAGCAACGUCCUGCUGAUGCUGGGUGGCCUGUGUGUCGGUGUUGGACGCAUCUACAGCAGCAGGAACAACAUCCUGCUCAGUGCUGGCAUCCUGUUUGUGGCUGCAGGCCUAAGCAACAUCAUCGGCAUCAUCGUUUACAUCUCCAGCAACGCUGGCGAUCCCAGUGACAAGAAAGACGAGGACAAGAAAAACCACUACAACUACGGCUGGUCCUUUUACUUCGGCGCCCUCUCCUUCAUUGUGGCCGAGUCGGUGGGCGUUCUUGCCAUCAACAUUUACAUCGAGAAAAACAAAGAGACACGCUUCCGAGCCAGGCACGACUUCAUCAAAACCAUACCCUCCUCUUCACCUUACUCCCGCAUCCCAAGUUACCGCCACAGACGAAGGCGCUCACGCUCCAGCUCCAGAUCUACUGACCCAUCCCGUGAGCCCUCCCCAGUAGGGAUGAAGAUCGGUGGAGGAGGAGGAGGAGGAGGAGGGUUGGGAAUGGGGUUGCCGAUGGGGGAUAUAUCCCUGUACACCCUCAGUCGGGACCCCCUGAAGGGUGGAAGUGGGGCUGCAGGGCCCUACAGCCCUGAGAGGGACUCUGGCUUUUUACAAGUCCACAACUGCUUCCAAAAGGAUCUGAAAGAUGGAGUGAACAGGAGGACGACGCCGGUAUGAGGUCAGGAGUGUAUCGCUGCUUGACGGAGCACAUUAGAUAUUGUACAGUUGAUGAGAAAGGACAAUUCCCACCCUGGGGCUGUUCAGGCAGCAGCGAUUAAAAGGUCAGAGCUCAAAAUUGUUUUCCUUGCGUCCCUCUGUGACAGAAAAGUGCCAGUCUGCAUUUCAUUCAGAGAACUGAUAACAAAAAUAACUCUUUUAUGAUACAACUCAAUAUCUUGGUUAAGCAUUAAUUCUAAAAAUGUGGUGCCCAUUAUUUGUGACUUCUGCUCUUACACAAAAGGAUUAAAAUAUUGCACUGGUAUUCUCUGAAGGACAGUCACUGAAGACUUGAUAAAAGGAAGAACCUUUCAGAUGUGAUGCUCAGCAUUAUAAAGAUUCUGGUUAUUGAACUUCAGGUAAACACGUUUUUUCUUCUAAAGUAGCUGCGCAGUGUUCGGAAAAUCUAAUUAUUUCUUUUAUCCCGACAGAAGAGACAUUUUUUCUACAAAAGUGUUUGCUAAAAUGAAAUGAUACACUUGAUUGUUUGUAAUCCAAGUAUAAUUGUAUUGUGUUUGUUUGUAACUUUGUGAUACAACUGGUGCUAACUAGUACACCUUUGAUCGUCUUAAGCCUUCUCAACUGCCAUUUGAAUACUCCUCUCUCAAGCUUGGUCAUGAGUUGCGUGAUAAAUGUGUGUGUUAUGUGAAAGUGUGCGAUCUGCCUCUGAAACACUGCCACACUAAGAUUAUAACUGUAGAUAAAUAUCAACAAAAAUGACAGGACACAAAGUAAUGUGAGUACAUUCCAGUAUGCUGUGUGAUGUAUCAGUAUAAACACUAUUUGUACAGACUGUGUAUG